AAACUGCUUUCACUUACUAGUUUUCGAAGCAACCUGCGAGGUCAUUUAUUCUAUAAUGACGGAUGUUGAAUUUUGGGCUAGUUUUUUAGGUCAGCUCUGUUGAGUUGUUGAGAAAUUAGUACUAGAUAUUUUACUUUGUCAUCGAUUCAUCAAAAUGCAACGGAUUUGUGUUGCUCUAACAGCAUUAUAUGUUGAUUCUGUUUGGACCAAUAUUUAGACAUAGUUUGUCUACGGAUGGAACAUGGGAUUGAAGUCCUUUGCUAACCAUGGGGUUUUGUGGUUCGGUCGAGUAUGGUUAUAAUAUGAAAUUGCACAAACUGUGGGUUCCCAUUGUAUGCAUCUGUCACAAGUUCAAAACUUUAGUAGAUUCAUCUUUGUUCUUGUAAUCGCAGCACCCAAUUUAAUUGGUUUAGUAGAUUCAUCAUUGGUGAAUGUACCUCAUAAGUUCCUUUGUUAUAAUGAUCUUAGUAAAUGGAUGAAGUAAAAUUAAAUCUACUUUUUUUUAAUAUCAUUUACGGUUUAAUAAAGUUAUAUUUUUAUGAUUUUAUAGAUGAAAUUGUAAAUGAAAAAUAUAAUUUUCAUGAAAUUUUUUAAAUGGUAUAUGUUAACUUUUUUUUUUCACUUUUGUUUGUUUUGGAUUACAUUUUAUUUAUUUAUGUUUGAAAUGUUAUGUUUUAGUCACUUGUGUUAUUGUUUUGUUAUGAAGUGGUCAUUCUACCGUUAAGCUCCGUUACCUUCCUAAUAUCGGUCCAGCAUUGUAGUCUAAAUGAGUUUUAAAUGUCAAUUUGGAUGUCCUAUGUGGCAGUUCAAAUUAAAUUUAUUUAAUUAAAAACAUAUUUUCAUCCUAGCAGGUGAACAUCCAAGUUGGCCAUUUAGACCUCUAUUAUGGAGGUAAUGGACUAAGACGUAAUAUUUUAAAUAUAAAUGACUAAAAUAUAAUUUGAGGUAAAUAAAAGUGUCUUUUUUUAUAGUUUAUCCAAAAAAGAAUUUUCAAUUAGGUUUUGUUAGAUUAUUUUUAAUAAUAUAAAAAUUAAAUUAUUUUCAAAGGACAUUCACUUGUGUCGAUCAUGUCCAAGAAAUUGAGUCUACCUGAAUCAAUGUUGCAGCUAUGGAAGGACAGCAAUGUUGAACCAAGAAAGGAAAAAGGAUUCGGGAUUUAGUGAGUGAAACUGAGAGGGAUGAGAUAAUGGUGUAGAAAAUGUCUCGAAUUAUUUUACCCCAAAAGUUUCUCAUCAAUCCAAAAUUUUAAAGAUCAAAUUUAAAUUUGUAUUUUAGGGAAUCAUGAUAUUACCAUGAAGGUGUUAAAAAAAACAGUAAUAAAACAGUUAACUAAAAGAAAUUGGAGAUAAAAUUAGAAGUAGGGAUUUGAAGAGACAUAUUUAAGCCUAAAUUAAUUAAAAAGUAGAGUUAUAAUCUAAUGCAGACUCCAACAGGGAAGACAGUCAUUUGGCCGCGUUAGAUAUAUACAUAGUUUUUUCCCGCGUAAUAUAUAAUUAAUAAUUCAAAAAAUGUAAAGAUGAUAUAAAUAAAACCCCCUUCUAUCAUGAAUAUGAAUAAGCGUGUUCAUUACAAAUUCUCAAAAUUAAUAAUAAGAAAAACCAAUUAGUCUUUAAAACCAAUCAGGGAUCUGAUUCGAUGAUGAUCCAACGAAAUUUGAGGUUAUUUUUAAUGGUAAACUGUAUUCGUGCUUAGUUUUGCUGCAAAAAUGGAAUACUUUUGACUUUAAAUCCGUUCCUAAAUAGUAGGAGAAGGAAAAUACCAGUUCAAACACUCAACUAAACUGCAUCAAAUUUCGGAUCCUCCAUUUCUUUAAAAGAAUUUUCUCAGUUUCUUUUCUAUUCCAUUUUGAUCUUAUUUAUUUCCCACCAAUUUUUCUCACAAACUUCCGCGUUGCUGUUGCAAGCAGUACCGGAAAUUCCCCUCUCUUUUUAUCUUUAAUCCGUUUCCACAGUUAUUUUUCUUCGAUUAUUUGAAUGAAGCUGAGGUAGCUGUUUUAGGAACGAAGGCGAUUUGAAACAUUUUUGAAAGAAAGGAUUCAUGGAUAGUUAUUUGAACCAGAACUUCGAUUUGAAAUCGAAGCAUUCGUCGGAUGAAGCAUUGGAAAAAUGGAGGACAGUUGUUGGUUUCGUGAAGAAUCCGAAACGGCGGUUUCGAUUCACUGCCAACCUCUCCAAACUAGGAUUAUGGCAAUGUAGAGAUUGUUAUUAUUAUGGAAAAUUGCAGGAAAAAUUGAGAAUUGCUGUACUGGUUUCGAAAGCUGCCUUCCAGUUUAUAUCAGGUGUACAACCUAGUGACUAUGUUGUUCCUGAGCAAGUCAUAGCUGCUGGUUUUCAACUUUGUGCUGAUGAGUUAGGAUCCAUUGUGGAAGGCCAUGAUGUGAAGAAACUAAAGUUUCAUGGUGGAGUUAGUGGCAUUGCUGAAAAACUCUCCACAUCCACCAACACUGGACUAAGUUCUGAUGCUGCUUUGUUGAGUAAAAGACAAGAGAUUUAUGGAAUCAAUAAGUUUGCUGAGCCUGAAGCUAAGGGAUUCUGGGUCUUUGUUUGGGAAGCUCUUCAGGAUAUGACUCUUAUGAUCCUUGGGGCAUGUGCUAUUGUGUCGUUGGUCGUUGGGAUAGCAAUGGAAGGUUGGCCAGCCGGAGCUCAUGAUGGACUUGGGAUUGUUGCAAGUAUCUUAUUAGUCGUGUUCGUCACGGCAACCAGCGAUUAUCGCCAAUCUUUGCAGUUUAAGGAUUUGGACAAGGAGAAAAAGAAAAUCACCAUUCAGGUAACAAGAAAUGAUUGUAGGCAGAAAUUAUCUAUAUAUGAUUUGCUUCCUGGUGAUAUUGUACACCUUAAUAUUGGUGACCAAGUCCCUGCUGAUGGCCUUUUUGUGUCGGGAUUUUCCGUGCUAAUCGAUGAAUCAAGUUUAACAGGGGAGAGUGAGCCAGUAGUGGUGAAUGAUAAAAACCCUUUUAUGCUUUCUGGUACUAAGCUUCAAGAUGGAUCAUGCAAGAUGUUGGUUACCACUGUUGGGAUGAGAACUCAAUGGGGCAAAUUGAUGGCAACCCUCAGUGAAGGGGGAGAUGAUGAGACCCCACUGCAGGUGAAAUUGAAUGGAGUAGCAACUAUCAUUGGGAAGGUAGGCCUGUUUUUUGCUGUAGUGACUUUUGCCGUAAUGGUGCAAGGACUGUUACGGAGUAAACUGCAAGAAGGGACUAUCUGGAGUUGGUCUGGCGAUGAGGCACUGAAAUUGCUGGAGUUCUUUGCUGUUGCAGUGACAAUUGUUGUUGUUGCAGUUCCUGAGGGUCUACCAUUGGCAGUGACUCUGAGUCUUGCUUUUGCCAUGAAGAAGAUGAUGAAUGAUAAAGCACUAGUUCGACACCUUGCAGCUUGCGAGACUAUGGGGUCAGCAACCGGUAUUUGUAGUGAUAAAACUGGGACACUAACUACUAAUCGCAUGACGGUUGUGAAAUCAUGCAUUUGCAUGAGCGUCAAGGAAAUAAAUAGCACCAAUAAAGCUUCUUUCUGCUCUGAGAUUCAUGAAUCUGCUAUAAAACUUCUGCUACAAUCAAUUUUUAUGAACACUGGAGGUGAAAUUGUUACUAGCAAAGAUGGAAGACGUGAGAUAUUGGGAACUCCCACAGAGACCGCUUUGUUAGAGUUUGGCUUGUCUCUAGGUGGUGAUCCCCAAACAGAACGACAAGCAUCAAAAACUGUUAAGGUUGAGCCAUUCAACUCUACAAAGAAAAGAAUGGGAGUAGUGCUGGAGCUUCCUGGAGGAGGGUUACGAGCGCAUACGAAAGGUGCUUCGGAGAUAGUUUUGGCUGGAUGUGACAAGGUGAUCGAUUCUAAUGGAGAAGUUGUUCCGUUAGAUGAAAAAUCCAUUAACCACCUCAAUGCUACAAUAAAUGAGUUUGCUAAUGAGGCUCUUCGGACCCUGUGCCUUGCUUAUUUGGAGCUCAAAAAUGGUUUCUCCUCAGACAAUGCUAUUCCGGUUUCGGGGUAUACUUGUUUAGGAAUUGUGGGCAUUAAGGAUCCUGUUCGCCCUGGUGUCAAAGAAUCUGUGGCUAUUUGUCGAACUGCUGGGAUUACCGUAAGAAUGGUUACAGGAGAUAACAUAAACACCGCAAAGGCUAUAGCCAGGGAAUGUGGGAUUCUUACAGAUGAUGGUAUAGCCAUUGAAGGUCCAGAUUUCAGAGAGAAGUCGCAGGAAGAACUGCUCAAGUUAAUUCCUAAGAUUCAGGUGAUAGCUCGAUCUUCUCCUAUGGACAAGCAUACUCUGGUAAAGCAAUUGCGAACUACAUUUGAUGAAGUUGUUGCUGUGACUGGUGAUGGAACGAAUGAUGCUCCAGCUCUGCAUGAAGCAGAUAUCGGAUUAGCAAUGGGAAUUGCUGGAACUGAGGUGGCCAAGGAGAGUGCUGAUGUCAUCAUUCUUGAUGACAAUUUCUCAACCAUUCUGACAGUGGCCAAAUGGGGCCGUUCAGUGUACAUAAAUAUUCAGAAAUUUGUACAGUUUCAACUGACUGUCAACAUUGUUGCCUUAAUUGUUAACUUCUCCUCAGCAUGUUUGACAGGGAGUGCUCCUCUGACAGCUGUUCAGCUAUUGUGGGUGAAUAUGAUCAUGGAUACUUUAGGAGCACUUGCACUUGCAACCGAGCCGCCAACCGAUGAACUAAUGAAACGUGCACCAGUGGGAAGGAAAGGAAAUUUUAUCAGUAACGUCAUGUGGAGGAACAUCUUUGGGCAAUCUUUCUAUCAGUUGAUGGUCAUAUGGUAUCUUCAAGCAAGAGGAAAAGCAAUGUUUGAACUCGAUGGCCCCGAUUCAACUCUGAAAUUGAACACCCUUAUUUUCAAUUCGUUUGUCUUCUGUCAGGUAUUCAAUGAGAUAAGCUCACGAAACAUGGAGGAAAUAAAUGUUUUGAGCGGGAUAUUAAAUAACUCUGUGUUCGUGGCUGUCCUUGGGUGCACGGCAGUAUUCCAAAUCAUCAUCAUCGAAUUUUUGGGUACAUUUGCGAGCACAACGCCGCUGACAUAUUCACAGUGGGGCCUAAGCGUGGUGAUCGGGUUCUUCAGCAUGCCGAUCGCUGCUGCUUUGAAGCUGGUCUCAGUAUGAAGCCUAUAUGCCUGGAUUUUGUGAAGAACAUCAAGGAAGCCUUAAUGUCACUCUUCGUGAUGUAAGAAUCUCCAAGUGACUAUAAACCUUUUUUUCUUUGUUGACAAUUGACUGAUUUUCUUGCAAUUAAGAAGGUAAAUAGGGAGUUUUGGGAUCAACCUUUAGGAAUUCAUCCAUUUCUUUUGAAACAUUUUCUGGAUUUUUUUGGGGGGGUUUAUUGUCCAAGAAGUAGGUUGGUUCUUAUAUUUUGUAUUCGUUGUUCUUAAUUUAUUUAUAUGUAAGAACAUAAAUUUUUUCAUAUAAUUAUUGGUUUUAAUUUAUUCA